GGGAAGAACAAGUGACUGUUGACAGCGAGUGAAGAUCUGGCGAAUUUUUUUCUAUACUUUUUUUUGACAUUUUCCCUGUGAAAGGAAGUUUAGAACUUGACAAAAAAAAAAUGACUGAGUGUCAGGGAGAGGACGAUGACGUGCUUGUGCAGGGUAACUCAGAUAUGACACCAGACACCACUGAGAAGGCUCUCUACAGCCUCGACGACACUGUCAGACAAAUUAGAAUUGCUGAACACAAACUUUACCAACAGAGAGUAAACUGUGCUAUGCUGACUGUGGAACUGUCAACUCUGCAUGAUCCCCUCAUGAGGGAGAUGUUCUCCAUGUGUGUACAAGGUGAAGAACAAGUGAAACAGAAAAUAGCUCAAGGUAUUGAAGCACAAAAAUAUUUAUCCCAGACUCUCCACACAAGUAUGCCACAGGACACGCAGCAAGAUCUGCCUCAAGACAUAAAUGAAUGUGUACAUGAGGAGCAGCAUGAACCUCACCAGGAACCAAAACUUCCUGAAUUACAUGAUACUCAGUCAGUAUCAACUAAUGAUGCACAGAGAAUUAAUGCAAGCCACACUAGAAGUCAGAACAAUGACUCUCUGGACUUAUUCGAACUUGCCAUAUCAGAUGGAGGUAUUCCUUCAGAAGGUUCCUCAAGCACAUCCUUCCAAAAAGAAACUCCAGUCUGUAAUCCAAAGGAAAAACAGAUUGAGGUGAUUGAUGCAGAAGCAGCAUCUGCCAGGCAGUCAACAACUAAUGGGGAUGUACCCAUGGAAUCUAUGUGUACAGAUUUUGGUUUGCAUAAUCCCAGUGAGGAUUCAGCCAAUAAUGAAAAAGAGUCUACUCCAGAUCAGCAUUAUGAUGAACAGACAUCUGGUAUGAUUAUCACUUUACAGCCUUGUCAUUCUGGCUUAUCCUUAGGUAUCUAAUCCAAACAUUAAUGUGUGAAGUAGGCAGGUGGUGCAAAUCACUGAAUGUAGAGGCAGUAUAUGAUUCAUGCAAAUAAACACCAUGGUAUUUAGCAUAACCAAACAUGCUUUCUUUUGUUUUCAGUUACCACAGGGAUUGUUUUUUUUUUUUUGUUUUUUUUUUUUGGUUUAAUGGAUUUCCUUCAUGUUCAGUUUGGAAAUUAAUUGAAUUUCAAUGAGCUCAUGGAAAAAAUCUUAGUGUAUUUUGAAAAUAUUGUGACUUUUCUGUUGAAAGUGAAGUACACUCUUGACAAGUUAUUGAAUGUCUGAAAUGAGAAUUUCAUUACGGGAUACUGUGCUCUACUAAUGAUAACGGAUUAAGCAGAUUUGUGUACCAAUUUUAUUCUGCACUCCAGUUUUGUGCUCUAGGAUUAUUGUUUUAUUUCUUUAAACUGCUCAGUUUAAUUGAACAAAUUGUAAUUUCUUAAUAACAUAAGAAAGAGAUUUUAAGUUAUAAUGUACAUUUAUGCCAGUUUGAUUUUAAGUUGUAGACUAGUCUCAUAGUCAUCUACA